UAUCUUCACGUAACACAUCAGCGCGGCUCUUGCAUCCACGAGAUCGUCAAGGGCUAAUUUUACACGCAUUGUGCUGUGCCCUGGGACUUUCCAGAGUUUUGUGAGAUGUUAAAAAACAAACGAACACCCGUGUCAUGUAGCUUUUUUAAGCACCUGGGGCACGCUACCACCACUGUUUCCUGGACUAUUUCUGGGGCUCUCUUCGCGUCGUGCCAGCGUGGGGUUUUCCCGCUGAGAUGGCGAUUAGCAUUCUAGAUUACAGAAAUAUCUCCCUUUUGGAAAAAAAUGUUUUACCUCUGGCUACGUUGCAGCUUGAGUGUUUUCCACCUCUGCAGGAAAACUCCUCGCUCUGCAUGGCAAUUCCGAGGGCGGCAUUUCCACCGCGCAGUCGCCUAUUUAAUAGUCGCCCGGCACCCGCAGGAGCCCACAGACAGAGAGCGCGUGGACUUCACUCUCUGCGGGCGACGCUCGGCCACACACGGGGCACGGGGCGAGCGAGGCCGCCUUCCAACCAAACUUCUCAUCCCCCGCCGCCGUCGCACGCCUCCGGAGGAGAGGGAGAGGGGGGAUCGCAGAGUCGUCUCCUUCGCUGCAAACAUGUUUUGCAAAGGUGUGAAGAUCUUGCUCAUCUUCGUCACUGUGAGCUGGGCAGAAAGUCUGGCGUCGAGGGCGCAAUUCGACUUCUGUGAUCUCAAUAUGCGCUUUGAGAUAUUCCUGUCCAGGAUAACGCAUAUCAACACGCUCCAGACAAAUUGCGCAAACUAUUCAAACUCUUUGGCGAAACUCAAGGGGAAGCCAUUCCUGUGCCUUGCAGGAGGACAGCUGAACGACACGGCGAUGGAGGCGUGCUUGGCUGAAAUUGUCGACGGACUCAAUCACUUCAGAGACUUCUUUUUCGGCAAUAAUUGCUCCGAAUCGUGUGACACCCUAAAAAGCAUCCGGGAUAUCUUCCUCAACUCCAACAUAUUUCACCCGACCAAGGCGCAGAGCCCCGAGGCAGCGCGGCCACCGCCCGCGGCGCCCCCCCGGAGCCUGGAGGGCGGCCUGCUCGACUGCGGCGUCUUCCACCUGCGCCUCUACGUCGCCAACGUCCACAGGCACGCGGUGAGCCGCGGCCACGCUGGCGCGUGCCGGGGGCCAGGCGGCGUCGCCGUCGUCGCGGAGAGCGCCACUCGAACGCCCGGGGGGGUGACCCAGACGCCGCGGCGGAGGCUCCUCGUCCCAGUCCUCGUCCCAGUCCGCGUGGGACGAGGAGGCGACCUGCGGGCCAGGCGUCACAGCGGCCUGGGAAUCGUCUCCUCGGCGCUGCAGUUCUGA